AUGACCACCAUUCAAAACAUAAAGAACUUUAUCCGUCACGGGAAACAAGCUCGUCUGGUGACCCAUUCCGAGCCUACCACCGACGUGUCCACCGUUCACGCCGAACAACAACCCCAUCAAGGCCAAUUCUCCCCCGCACUCGAUUCUUUAGAUCCUGACCUGAGAGGAAAUGGUCCUGCAGCUUCCCAGAAAAACUCAGAAUCCCAAGUCCGUCGUGAUCGCUCUGUGGAAAUUGAACGCUUGGUUCAGGAGGAGAACGUAAGCCGAUCAAAGAUGCCAAAAUACCCGGGCCUGGAUCGUUGGAUCCUGGUCGAGAAGAUGGGAGAUGGAGCCUUCAGCAAUGUCUACCGAGCCAAGGAUUCCACAACAGAAUAUGGAGAAGUAGCCAUCAAGGUCGUGCGGAAAUUCGAAAUGAACAGCAAUCAGCGCGCAAAUAUCCUCAAGGAGGUUCAGAUUAUGCGCAACCUCGACCACCCCAAUAUUGUCAAGUUGAUCGAUUUCUCUGAAUCCCGACAAUACUACUACAUCAUUCUGGAGCUCUGCCCCGGAGGCGAGCUCUUCCACCAGAUCGUGCGAUUGACCUACUUCAGCGAGGAUCUGAGCAGACACGUCAUUAAGCAAGUAGCCGAAGCCAUUGAAUACCUGCAUGAGACAUCUGGAGUUGUUCAUCGUGAUAUCAAACCGGAGAAUUUACUCUUUUACCCGACACCAUUCGUUCCCAGCAAGAGCCCGAAGCCUAAGCAGCCUGGUGAUGAAGAAAAGGAAGAUGAGGGAGAAUUUAUCCCCGGGACUGGCUCGGGCGGCAUUGGCAAGAUCAAGAUCGCCGAUUUUGGUCUAUCCAAGGUGAUCUGGGACAGUCAGACCAUGACCCCCUGUGGAACAGUUGGUUACACCGCACCAGAAAUUGUCAAGGAUGAGCGGUACUCGAAGAGUGUGGACAUGUGGGCGAUGGGCUGCGUGCUCUAUACUCUGCUGUGUGGUUUCCCUCCAUUCUACGACGAGAGCAUCCAGGUUCUCACGGAGAAGGUGGCAAGAGGCCAAUACACCUUCCUAUCGCCCUGGUGGGAUGAUAUCUCCAAGUCCGCCCAGGAUCUCAUCUCGCACUUGUUGACCGUCGAUCCCGAGAAACGUUAUACGAUUAAGGAGUUCCUUGCACACCCGUGGAUCCGCCAGACAGACGAAGAAACCACCGCCGCCGCUGAUGCUCCCCCUCUGGCAACACCUAUGGGUCCGGUUCGCCAGAACGGCGAUCCUCUCGACCCUGUCGGCGCCGACCAAGCCCCUUACCAGCCUGCCAGCUCCAGACUCAUGGACAUCCCCACCACCGCCUCAGAACGUCGCAUGGAUUUCCGUUCUCCCGGUGCCUUCAACCUGCGUGAGGUCUUCGAUGUUGGAUACGCCGUCCACCGACAGGAGGAGGAAGGCAAGCGCCGCCGGAAUGUCGGUCAGGCUGCCCGAAACAACCCUGCCGCUGGAUUCCAGUCUGCUCUCGGCUCUUUGAACGAAGGUUAUGAUGAUGAAGUUGACUACCGCCAACAAUCUGACGCUUCAGGCCAACCACCCGCUAAGAUCUCCAAAUCCACCGGAGGAUCUGGUGAUAUGGCAGGCAUGGAAGCCAAGCUCCGGUCCACGAACUUAGGUGCCCAGAGCAGUGCUGCUCAGGCCCGUCAAGCUCACCGUCAGCCUAGACAGCAGCCGCAACAAGGAUACGGUCAACACGAUGCAAAGGUCGCCGCGGCUGCCAAGUCUGCUAUUGGCCGUAAACAGCAGCCUUUUGAGCUGAGCUUGAAUGGUGCUACAUUAUUGGAGAAACGUGGCCGUCGCAAUCAGCCAGUGGCCUAA